AUGCAAGGAAUUGUCUUGCGUGACAACGAGACUUUGUUAGAUGAUAUUGACUCUUCUUGGCGACCAGCGAGUUCGGAACUCCACCCCGCUGGUGACUUUGUGGGAUUGGUCGAGCGGUGUGCGGAACUGGAUCCCACCUCAACCCUCGUAGUUAUGCGGCUGAAUGGGUGGCCGGUGCACGACGCGGAGCAAUUGAAGAAGAUAAGACGGUCCCACUGGCCAGCAAAAUUUGACGAUUCCUUGACUGCGUCCCACGCACCCUUGGUGGUAGAACAAGCAGCUUACAUUCCUGGAGCUUCGCCCAUUUCCGAAGGACCACCAGAUAUGCUGCUCGAGAAGGAACUGGGCAUCUCUGUGGAGCAUCAGGUGACAACAUAUCUGAUUCCAGUUGUUCAGCUUACAGUCGAACGUGCUAGGCUGCGAUGCGUGCAGAUAUGCGUAAUGUCAAUGACUAAACAGAGCUCCGACGCAACUGCUGAGAUAAACAAGGCUGACGUUGCAAAUCCUGACGGUCUGACCUCGUCAUCCGUGUUGCUCGGCGCUAGGACUCUUCUUCCUCCCUCACGAAAUAUCCAUAACCGCGCAGAAACAGUUGCACCUGAAGACAGCGUGGGCUCGCGUUGUCUCGCGCACGAACACGGACGCGCCUCCAACAGGAAGGAAGGCAUUCAUAUGAGGACAACCGAAGGUUUAGAGUGUCACGAGUUCGUUCGAGAUCACACGAAGGCACCAGCCCCUUCGGUCGUGGCGUCCCCUCUCAGCUGUCAGUGCAGACACCCGGCCACGUUUACUGUCGUGGGAAAGAAGCCUAACCCUAUAAAACAUGGAGACAAGGUAGGUGACGUAGGGAGGGGCCCGUGCAACUGUAGUAGCAUCGAAAACACCUCUGCUGAGAGUGAGAGCAAAUGCGACCAUCUUUCUACGCCAUCGCAGGAAAAGCCUAACGCAUGUUCGAAGAAACGAGACCGCAGUCAGGCCCAAAGGCAGCGACAAAGAAUGGACGCUAAUCGUCCAGUGGCAUAUAGUAUAGAGCAACAUGGCGCUGCGGAAGGGCGGCCUUUUCUGUCAACCCGCCAGAAGAUGGAGGAUUUGGUAACUGCGACUGGUACCGGAGAAGAAACUCUGACCGAUGACGCCAUGGUUUUUCUGUUCCAUGCGCUUGGAGAGAGACGUAUACGGAAGCUCUACAUGAAGCUGAAAUGGGAUGAGGUGUUGGAAGGAGGAUGGUAAAUGAGUAGGGACGCUGCGUGCGUUGAUGAAUAAGAGAGAAAUGGACGAAUCACUGUCGGCGAUGAAAGUACUUCCCCUGCUGGGGGUGACGGUGUGUGACCAACGUGAAUGAUGUGCAGCUAUCAGAGAGCCAUGACCUCCCUUUUAGCAAGUCGCUUUAAAUUCUGUAUCUUCUACAAUUCUGCGGACUUUGGGGCGUGGCACCCGAGCUCAUGUACACAGGCAGUGCCAGUAGCAAAC